UACGUUUUUUUCGUCACAGUGCGCAAAUGCGCAUCCAGGAAUGUGGACCUGAGGCGGAUAGCGGUAAAAGCAACACGAGCAAGCUGGGAAACGACACGUUUGGGCGGAAGAGAAAACAGCGCUUCAGAGGGAAGACUCAACCCAGCGAGAAGCUCUGGGACACGGCAGCAACCAUGGUUGGCGAGCGCCGGAAUGGGAACCUGCUGGUCCAGCUGGGCCCGCGGCUGCAGGCAUAUCCUGAGGAGCUGAUUCGCCAACGCCGCACCCAUGAUGGCCAGACGGAGUACCUGAUUCGCUGGUGCCUUGUCACCAUCGACGACGGCUCCAGCUCGGGGAGUGGAGCCAGCGAGACAGGCGUGGCGGGCGGCAGUUCCGGCGUGGGCGGGUCGGGCAGCUCGUCGUCCGGAGAAACCAAACCGGAGAACAUCCUGAUGUGGAUGUCCACGGAGGACGUCUACGCCAACUGCCCCACCCUGCUGGGCAAGAGGAAGACGGACUCACAGCGCCCCCUGCAGCCACAGGAGACGCAGCGCGGUGCUGACGCGGCCGACGGAGAGCUCCCGGCUGACGUCACGUUCGACGAGGUGGAGCUGUCGGACAUGAAGGAGGACGUGAAGAACCUGGUAUGUCGUGCCAGGAAGCAGAUGGCCAAGAAGAGCGAUUUCUCCAUCAACAUCAUGCACACCAUCCACGUCCUCAGCGCCUAUGCCUCCAUCGGGUCGCUGGUCGGCGUCUUCAAGGAGACCGGAGCCCUCAACCUGCUCAUGGAGCUGCUCUGCAACAAGGAGACCCAGACCAGGCGCAGCGCCGGAAAGAUGCUGCGGGCGCUCGCAUCACACGACGCAGGUAGUCGGGCCUACGUGUUGCUGUCUCUCAGCCAGCAGGACGGCAUCGAGCAGCACAUGGACUUUGAUAAUCGCUACACUCUGCUGGAGCUGUUCGCUGAAACCACGUCUUCAGAGGAACAUGGCAUCUCCUUUGAGGGGAUCCACCUACCUCAGAUUCCCGGGAAGCUGCUGUUCUCUCUGGUGAAGCGCUACCUGUGCGUCACGUCUCUGAUGGACAAACUCAACACAGCGGGGGCGGAGUCAAGCUCUGACAGACAGGAUGCCAGCCCCUCCCCUGCCUCCUCCAGCUCCGCCCACCAGGCCGAGCACCUGCGCGUCCAGCGGGAGUUUGACUUCACUAUGGCGAUGGCCAACCUGAUCUCGGAGCUGGUCCGGGUGAUGGGCUGGGACCGGAACCGCCAGCCACCCGACAGCUCCACCCACCAAUCGGCAGGGGGCGGGGUUAGUGGGGAGGAGCAAGAGGAGGAGUCCCGGCCUGUCCUCAGGUCCAUCUUCCAGCCUCGGUUCUGUGCCUCGCCUGUCGCCCUUGCUGUUAGCUCGGCCGUGGCAGCGCCGGCCUCCACGCCACCAAAGAAGAAGACAGGAAACGGGUUCAAGACGCGGUCGGACUUUGCCAGCCGCUCAGCCUACGUGGAGUAUGUCCAGGACAACCUGAAGAGCGGCAUGAUGGUCCGCAUGCUGGAGGACUACGAGGAGGUCAGCGCCGGGGACGAGGGAGAGUUCCGCUACAGCAACGACGGAUCCCCACCUGUCCAGGUCUACUGGAACUCCCUGUCCAGAACCUACUGGGUCCACUGGCACAUGGUGGAGAUCCUGGGCAGCGGCAGCAGCAGCCAGGCUGAGAAGGAGACGCAGGAGAAGGCGUCGUCGCUGACGGAGACGCUCAAACUCACCGCAGUGAGCCAGACGUUCUUCUCAAAGCCUCCCGGUGGACUCUACUCCCUGCCUUACCUGUCCGAGAGGCUGCAGGUGGAGCCAGCAACGCUGAGCAGAGCCGAGUGGUGGGAGGUCCUCUUCUUCAUCAAGAAACUGGAGCCCAAGCAGCAGCAGGAGGUCAACGGCAUCCUGCUGCAGAACCUGGAUGACCAGGAGGCGGAGCUUGACGACUCGUCUCUGAUUGGUCUGUGCGUCCCCGGCGAUGUGGCAAAGAAACUCCUCCACUACCUGAAGCAGAAGCUGCCGUCGUCGUGCCUCAGCGACCUGCUCUGCUCCCACUCCUUCAUCAAGCACUACCUGAGGAGAGGAGGAGGCAGCCUGGAGGACGAGGAGCUGCUGGGUGAGUCUGACUCCGCCCCCUCGCUGUCCCUCAUUCCCGUCCCCGCCUCCUGUCUCACUCUGCUCUGCCCCACAGCCCCAGGCUCUCUGGGAACGGGAGCUCAGAGCUUCUCCUCGUCGUCCUCGGCCUCCACCUCCUCGUCCUCGGCCAUGGGCUCCGUCUCCAAGAAGGCCAAGAAGGAGCCUCCGCUGGACUCGGAGACGGACAGCGAGCUGCCGACGGAGGACGACAGCAGAUACCCUGACGACCUGGAGGACAAGAUGAAAGUGUUCAACAACCCGCGGGUUCAGGGGAAGAAGACGGUUCUGGAGAAGCUGGGCGAGGUGGUGGACAUCCUGAAGAAAGCAGGUUCGGACCAGAACCAACAGCUGGCUGCCGUCCUGUUCAUCACCAGGCUGCUGGAGGAGAAAGGAGUUCAGGAGAAGAACUCCAUGAGGAGCGACUCGGCCCAGACUAUACGGGAUAAGGUUCUGAAGCUGCUGGUGGAGCUGCUUGGCUCCGCCUCCAGAGACGUGGUUGUGAGCACGCUCAGACUGACCCAUCUGCUGAUGCUGAAGUAUGAGUGGAGGGUUUCCUUCGCCACGGAGGGCGGAGUCAAAGCCGUGCUGUCCUGUAUGCAGGAGUUCUCGUCUGUGACUCACGUGCAGCAGCUGGCGCUGGCGACUCUGAAGGUCAUCACCGGCGCCAGCAAACAUGACCUGCGCAGCGUCGGCAGCAGCCCGCCGCUGUCCGAGUCUGGUACCCAGAUGAUGCUGGAGAUCUUCGCCAGCAUCGGGUCGGCUACGCCUGAAGGCUCCAGAGGGCUGCUGGCCGCCAUUCCUGCUGCCAUCGAGCUAAUGUUGAAGACCAAAGGCUGCAGGCUGUCGGUGCGUAAUGGACUGCUGGUCAUCAUAAUGCUCAUCUCCAGCCAUAAGAGUCUGGCUGAGCAACUGGUGGCCUGUGAUGUCACGGCCGUCCUGAAGAAGUGUCUGACGCUGUCCAGAGCUGAGACCAUGCUGGCCAUCAUCGCCCUCAACCACAUCUCCAUGGUGCACAAGCUGGACAGCAAAGAGUGUCGUGAGCAGCUGGACUUCAAGGACACGGAGCUCCAGAUGUUAGUGGUCAGUCUGAAAGAACUGACGUCCACCAAGGAGGUGAUUCAGACUCUGGAGCAGCUGCUGUGUGAUGAAGCUCUGCAGCUGGAAGAGGAACGCAACCAGGUGACCAGCAGUCGGGACACCUACCAGGACCUGGUGCGUCUGAUGGAGCAGCACCGAGCCGACCGGGCCGCCCAGCUAUCCAUCCUCAGGAUCCUGAACAAGUUCCUGGACAACUAUCAGGAGGAUGUGCUGCCGUGGCACGAGAGCAUCGAGCCCUGCCUGUCCUCCAUGACGGCCUUCAUCAACGACAGAGAGGUGGUGCAACUGUUCAUCCGCUUCCUGUACCGGCUGGCGUCGCUGAACAAGGACUACGCCGUGGUGAUGUGUCGGCUCGGCACCAAGGAGGCUCUGGUGAAGGCUCUGGACAAACACAGCACCAACCUGCUGCUGGUCACCGAGCUCCGAGACCUCAUCACAGACUGCGAGAAGUACGCCAGCCUCUACAAGAAGAUGACCACCAGCGUCCUAGCAGGCUGCAUCCAGAUGGUGCUGGGUCAGAUCGAGGAGCAUCGUCGCAGCCAUCAGCCAAUCAACAUCCCCUUCUUCGACGUGUUCCUCAGGAACCUGUGUCAAGGAUCCAGUGUGGAGCUGAAGGAGGACAAAUGCUGGGAGAAGGUGGAGGUCUCGUCCAAUCACCAUCGAGCCAACAAACUGACCGACAAGAACCCCAAAACGUACUGGGAGUCCAACGGCUGCACCGGGUCGCACUUUAUCAACAUCUACAUGCACAAAGGGGUCGUCAUCAGACAACUUGCCAUCCUGGUGGCCAGUGAGGACUCGAGCUAUAUGCCCGCCCGGAUCCUGGUUCUGGGAGGAGAUGACCCGACCAACAUCAACACGGAGCUGAACACGGUGAACGUGACUCCGUCAGCCAGCCGAGUGGUUCUAUUGGAGAACAUGACCAGGUUCUGGUCCAUCAUACAGAUCCGGAUUAAGAGAUGCCAGCAGGGUGGCAUCGACACCCGGGUCCACGGCUUCGAGGUUCUGGGUCCGAAGCCGACGUUCUGGCCCGUGUUCAAGGAGCAGCUGUGCUGUCGGACCUACCUGUUCUACAGCACCAAGGCCCACACCUGGUGCCAGGAGGUGAUGGAGGACAAGACACAGCUGCUGCAGCUCUUCAACAAACUGAACAGCGCUCUCAGACAUGAGCAGAUGUUUGCUGAUCGAUUUCUUCCGGAUGCUGAAGCAGCUGAAGCUCUGGGACGAACCUGCUGGGAAGCUCUGAUCACACCUAUAGUCCACAGCAUCACACACACAGAAUCCUCAGCAUUCAGCCCGUUGUCAUGGCUACUCAGCGAGUACCUGGAUAACGCCGAGUCGGCUCGCCGCUGUAAGAGCAGGGCGGCCAUCUUUAACUCCAGAGUGCGGCGGUUGACUCACCUGUUGGUCCAUGUGGACACGAGUCACAGCGAGGGGGAGGAGCUUAAGCCUCCCGUCAAGUCCAAAGGUCUCAACAGAAGCAAAGAGCUGAAGAAUGGUAAAGAAGGAAAGAACAAAGACUCCAGCGCGGCUUCCUCCUCCACCUCCUCUUCUUCAGCCAAACCCAAAGUGAAGAACAGCAGCAGCAUCGCAGGCAUCGCCCUCUGCUGGCAGGGAGUGGUACAGCGACAGGUGAAGAAAUUCCUGGAGUCAAGCUGCAGCCUGCCGGACUUCGUGGAACGUUAUCGAACGCUGUACCUGCGGCUGAAGAACGCCAUGGAGGAGCUGUUCGGACAGCAAACCGCCUUCGUCCUCGCUCUGCGACACGGAUUCUCUGCUGCGCUGCUGCAGCUGUCCAUCCUCAGAGCCAUGCAUGUGAGUGAGCGUUUUGCUCAGUACAUCGAUCAGAUGAUCCAGGCCAGUGGAGCGGCGUCCGGCAGCGUUGAGACUCUGGAGCGGCUGCAGCAGUUUCUGGAGCCGAUGCUCUUCCUGUCGGGCCUAGAGCUCGCCAACACCUUCGAGCAUUUCUACAGAUACUACCUGGGCGACCGGCUGCUGGCUCAGGGGAAUGUCUGGCUGGAGAGCGCCGUCAUCGACCAGAUCGGUAGCUGCUUCCCGAGCCGCUUCCCUCAGCAGAUGAUGAAGAACCUGAGCGAGUCGGCCGAGCUGCAGCAGGAGUUCCACCUGUAUCGGCUGCAGCAGCUGGACCGGCGUCUGCAGGAGCACGACCAGAUGAUGGAGGACGAGUGGACGGAGUCAGAGGACGAGGCUGAGGUCCAGGUUCUGGUUUUGUCUCCACGCUGUUGGGCCGUCUCCUCCCUUUGCUUCCUGGACGAACCAGCAAAACACUUCCCAUCAGAACUCUGCUCCUACCUGAACCAGUUCACCCAGUUCUACACCCACAGUCAGUCCAUGUAUGGUCUGAGUCACUCCAAGCCUCGGCGGCUGCAGUGGACGUGGCUCGGACACGCUGAGCUACAGUUUGGCUGCUGGACGCUACACGUCUCAACACUGCAGAUGUUCAUCCUGCUGCAGUUCAACAACUGCCAGGAGGUGUGUGUAGAGUCUCUGCUGCAGGUGACGGGUCUGUCGGCUGCCGUUCUGCUUCACGCUCUGCAGCCUCUGAUCAGUGAUGGCGGCCCGCUGACCUGCAACCCUCCAGAAGAUCCUGGUCACGGUGUGCUGCGUCUGAACCAGCAGGUGGUGUCCGUCAGUGAGGACGGUGCCCCAGCGUCCGUCCAGCUGCUGCCCAGACAGACGUACCUGAACGUGGACGAGGACGCAGCAGGAACUCUGGAGAGGAAGAGGAACUACAUCUACUGCCUUAUCGUUCACAUCAUGAAGCAGGAGAAGGAGAUGCACAUCGACAACCUGGUCUUCAAGGUUCUGGACUCGUGUCAGAAGCAGGAAGCGUCGCGGUCUCCAGGCGGAGGCAGUUUCAGCUGCAGCACCGGCGACGUUCUGUCCUGCAUCAUGCACGUCAUCAGCAAAGGCUGCAUCCGCCGCAACGAGGAGAACCCUCACAUCGUGGAGUUCCUCCCCGAGGACCCGUCCACGCCGCAGAAAGGCCAGGCUCAGUUCUCCUUCAGCCGGGCCGACAUCCAGAAGGACGCCGCUGACAGCCGGGCCGACAUCAGUCUGGUUCCGGCACCACGGAGCUUCGAGGACGGAGUUCUGGACGCCGUCCUGUUCUCCAUGGGACGGACGAUGACGCAGGAGGAGGUCCGGCAGCUGAUGCAGAGGACGGUCCAACAGGUUUCAGGGACUCUCAGUCUGGACCUUGACCGGGCCGAACACCUGCUGGUCCACUGCAGGUGGAACGUGGACCUGCUGGUUCAGCGCUACACUGAUGACCCUGAUGCCCUCAUCAUGGCUGCCGGCCUCAAAUGUCGGAACCCCCAGCCUCCUCCCAGCCCUGCCUCCACCUGCCCUGUCUGCCUCGGGCCCAGAACCGGAACCAUGGAACCGGUUCUGUCUCUGAGCUGCAUGCACUACUGUUGCCGGUCGUGCUGGCAGGAGUACCUGACGGCGAGGAUCGAGCAGAACCUGGUGAUGAGCUGUAACUGUCCAAUCACAGACUGCCAGGCUCAGCCCACCUCACGCUUCUUCCUCAGCAUCCUGACCGACAAGGACAUCGUCGCCAAGUACGAGAACGCGCUGCUGCGAGGCUACGUGGAGUGCUGCUCCAACCUCACCUGGUGCACUAACCCCCAGGGCUGCGACCAGAUCCUCUGCAAGGAGAACGUGGGCUCCAUGGGAACCUGCUCCCGCUGCUGCUGGUCCUCCUGCUUCAGUUGCAACUUCCCAGAGGCCCACUACCCCUCCAGCUGCAGCCACAUGUCCCAGUGGAUGGAUGAUGGGGGCUACUAUGAGGGGAUGAGCAUGGAGGCUCAGAGCAAACAUCUGGCCAAGCUCAUCUCCAAACGCUGCCCCAGCUGCCAGGCCCAGAUCGAGAAGAACGAAGGCUGUCUGCAUAUGACCUGUGCCAAGUGUAACCACGGUUUCUGCUGGCGGUGUCUGAAACCAUGGAAACCAACACACAAAGAUUACUACAACUGCUCCGCCAUGGUGAGUAAAGCAGCGCGGCAGGAGAAGAAGUUCCAGGAUUACAACGAGAGGUGCACCUUCCACCACCAGGCCAAGGAUUUCGCCAUCAACCUGGAGAACAAGGUGUCGUCCAUAAAUGAAGCUCUGCAGAUGAAGUCUCUGACCUUCGUCAUCGACGCCUGUAAAGUCCUCGCUCAGGCUCGGAAGGUGCUGGCCUACUCCUGCGUCUACAGCUACUACAACCAGGAGACGGAGAAGAUGGAUGUGAUGGAGCAGCAGACGGAGGCUCUGGACCUGCACACCAACGCACUGCAGAUCCUGCUGGAGGAGACGCUGUUGCAGUGUACCGACCUGGCCUCCUGCGUCCGGCUGCUGAAACCAGAACACCUGAACACCGGACUGGAGCUGAUCCGACGCAUCCAGGAGCGUCUGCUGGCUAUCCUGCAGCACUCCACACAGGAUUUCAGAGUUGGGUAUCAGUCGAAGAGCAGCCAGGAGGCAGAGUCUCCACAGGCGUCCAACCUGUCCAACCACACCGACGCCAACAAAGUGUCCAAGUCGGACCGGGCAUCGGACUCCGGGGACUCGGACAACAACAACUACACGGGGGAGGAGGGCGGCGAGGAGGCGGAGGACGAGGACGACGAGUACGACGAGGAGUACGUCCCCGAGUGGCACGAGGACUACGACGAGGACGACAUCGACGAGGACGACUUCUUCUCUGACGACGACGAGUCCGAGAACCUGGAGCGGGACUUCAGCCCCUUCGACUGAGCCGAGCCAGCGCCUCCACCGGUCGGGGAGGACGACCUCCUCCUUGCCUCACCUGCUUCCGUCUGAGGACAACGAGGACGACGGAGACGGUCACGGCGACGUCCUCCUGAAGUCCCCGAACACAGCUGCACUCGCUUCACUUCUGUAAUCAACUUCUGUUUCCUCUGAGUCCAGGUACGGGAGUGCACGAGGGACAAGCUGCUCUGAGAUUCAAACUUCAGUCCUGAGAAAAACACAACAAAUUUAGUCUUUAAAACACAACAAGAAACGAUUAGUUCAGUUUUUAUGUUUAUUCACUGGAACCAGUCUGAAACUACAGUUAUACCAUCGUACAAAAACAAAAAUAUUUUUUUAGAAGGUUUGACUUGUUUAAGACCAGUUUGAACCAGUUUAAACCGGUUUGAACCUGUCUGAAUGAGCCUGAAGCUGAUUUAAACCUCAUUAACACUUCAGAAAUUUAAGUUAAGAUUAAAACUGUCAGAAAAUAAAAUUAAUUUUGUUCUGAAACUGGUUUCAAAUCAUAAAGAACAGGAUGCUAAUGAUAGCACUUGAAACCAGUUUAAACCAGAUUUAGUUCAGUCUGAAACUAGAUUAAUCCAGUUUAAAGCGGACUGAAAAACAGUCCUUUCUCAUUUCCGGAUUUCUUUUUCUCCAGGUUUGAUCUCAGAGCAGUUUUUUAGCGUCUCUUCCGUACCGACCCGCCUGGACUCGGUUCUGGUUCUUUUUGAGCGGACAUUUGUUGCUUUGUGAUGAUUCACGGAACAAAAUGUGUUUGUUUGCUGCUUGUUGGGUUUCAGUGACGGACUCCAGAGCUGGACUGCAGGUCCAGCUCUGUCCAUGUUCUGCUGUAGAACCUUUAGUUCUUCACGUUCUGCCUUGGUUCUGUUCUGAUGGAGGCUGCCUUCAUUUAAACACUCGUGUAGAUUUUCUGGCUGAGUUUUUUACGAGUUGCAGGAUGUUUCUAUGCAUCUGGAACGUGUCGAUCGGCCUCCGAAGUAUCACUGCAAUAACCGAAGACUGCGAGCUGCUGCGUCUCAGAAGAACAAGUUCGGACCAGAUUCCAGAACUUCUUCUGAGGUUCCAGCUCCCUGUUUUGCUGUAAUUUUGAGAGAUCCUAUAUUCAUAUUGUUGAUGUUCUAUAAAGUUCUUUCUGGUUUCUUUGCUGGAGUCGAGCGACUUCAGCCGGCAAAACUAAAUAAAAGCUUUUUCUGCUA